CUUUUCUCCCAUACUGAUAUAAACAUCACCUGUGAUAACGUGUUUGCUAUGACGAAAGCAAUGUAGUUUACGUUUUCACUCGACGAAUACGAAUCAAAUCAUAAAUCAUCUGAAAUGCUUCAGAAUUCAGAUGUGUGUUGAUCAUUUUGUACUCUAAACGGUUGUUACGAUUUUGAAGCUGUCAAAAUUUCAUGAUUUUUCGCAUCUUGUUUGCAAAUCUUUCGGCACUAUGCGUCCAUUAUUCAAUUACAUUUUGCAAAGAAAUCCAAGCUUUGGAUUACCGAUCUGUUCCAAUUCACUGAUGAGCUACAAGCGGACUGCAUCUCUUGCUAUUUUACCAUUUCAAUCUGAAACGAAGCUGUUGACCAAUCCAAUCAGCACAUUGAAAUGGUAUUCUACUAAUAUUUAUACACCUAUUGCACCUGUUGCUUUAACUGGGACAGCAGUUGCAAAGGAUGAAAGUAGAGAGUUUAUGGCUGUAUUUCCGGAUAUCGUACGUGAUUUGACUGAUGCUGGAAGACAUCUAGAUAUUCCUGAUGUCACCAAGUGGUAUGCUAAGGUACUGCAGUAUAACGUCCCCGGAGGAAAGAAAAAUCGUGGAUUAGCUCUAGUCACCGCAUACCGUGUCUUCUGUCCCCCAGCUGAAUUAACACCUGAGAAUAUACGACUGGCUCAUGUACUCGGAUGGUGUAUCGAGAUGCUUCAAGCAUUUCUUUUAAUAUUGGACGAUAUUAUGGAUGGAGCUGAAACGAGAAGAGGUCGUCCGUGCUGGUACCGGGUCGAUGAAACCAAUAAUAUCGCGAUCAACGAUGGUGUUCUAGUGGAAAACGGCGUUUUUGUGAUUUUAAAGAAGUAUUUCAGAGAUAAACCGUACUAUUUGCACGUUUUGGAGGCUUUUCACGACACGAUUUUAAAAACCUCAAUGGGACAAUCGUUGGAUAUGCUGACGUGUCAUACUUUCCAGAAAACCAGAAAAUUAGAUAAAUUCACGAUGGAUCGUUAUAAGGCCAUCGUAAAAUAUAAGACGGCCUAUUACUCCUUUCAUUUGCCUGUAGCAUUGUCUAUGUACAUGGCCGGAAUAAACGAUCCAGAGGUACAUAGGCAAGUGAAGUAUAUACUCCUCGAAAUGGGACAUUAUUUCCAAAUACAGGACGAUUAUUUGGACUGUUUUGGAGAUGCAGAUGAAAUUGGUAAAAUCGGUACUGACAUUCAAGAUGGUAAAUGCUCUUGGCUAAUAGUGGUAGCUUUACAAAGAGCAACUGCUCAACAAAAACAAACGUUGGAGAAAUGUUACGGAAGCGCAGAUCCACAAAAAGUGGAAACUGUGAAAAAAAUCUAUCAAGAUAUCGGCAUUCCAUCUAUUUUUGCUGCCUACGAAGAAGACGCCUAUAAAUUGAUUGUGGAUCAAAUUCAGCAAUUAUCUAGAGGCGUUCCUCAAAAAAUAUUUUUCAAGAUUCUCGAUAAAAUUUACAAACGGAGUAAUUAAUAACAAUAUCUAUGCAUCUUCGUGGAAGACUGACUAUCUAUUAAGCUAAUCUCCAUUAUGAUACGGAAAAUUUUGAAAUUUGUAUUUUAAAUUUUUAUACGUGAAGAUUUUUAUGGUUAGUUUUUAUUCACUGAUAAAGCAGUAAAUCGGUUACCAGAAUCAUUUUGUUUUCACGAUCACCUCAAAGUUUAUAUUAUGUUACCGUCAUUUAUGCUGAUGUUUGUGCCUUCGAUUUUUUUUUCCUAGUUGAACAUACCUAAUAUAUUAAUUUGAAAUAGUUCUUAUUUAAAACACGUAUUUUAUUUAUAAUAUAUUCAUGCAGACAAUUAACUAAAUCAAUAUAUGGAAUGGUAAAAGUAAAAUCCACUAUCUAAUCAUUAUUAUACAAGUUAAUCUAAAAUGAACAAUGUACACAAGUUUUUUCUUUUUUACAAUUUACAUGCUUAUCGAAUUACGACUGUUUAAAUAAAAUUGAUGGCCCGAUACUAAAAGUGUGAUAAUAUAAAGGCACGCCGCGAUCCAACAAUUGAACGCGUUCUGUAAAAUCAAAAGAAAUAUUUGUCAUUUUUCAUAUAUCUAAGUUCAUGUAUUCUUUUAAUUUUUCAAUUGAUGUAAGUAGUUAUUGUUUGAAUAAAUUAUUAGAUUCAAAAAGAGAAAAGUGUCCAAGUUGACGCAACGAAAUUUCUAUUUGAAUUGGUGAUUCGAAAUCACAAUGAAUCGUAUAUAAUACCUAGAGAUUAACAUCAUAAAUAUUCAAACAUCAGGAACUCACCUGUUCAUAACCCAUAUUCGCAGCGGCCCGUACUAGAUCAGGCGUGGAGACAUUUCCCUCUAAACCAGGUAAAUCUUCAGCUAAUGCUAAACUAUGCAUUUUGUAAAAGAAUCCCAUCAGUACCUGAAAACGAAUAAGGGCGAGGAAUAAUUCGAGGAACUUAUCUGCGAGUUAGUGACAUGUUUUUAGUUUUACGUCCAGAUUAUACUUACUAAUUGAAUGACUCCCCAAAUACUAAUGAUGAUACCACAAAGCGACAACGACGGGGAGCACAGAGGCAUUUUGUAUAGUAAAAAUAAAUGUUUUUUAAAGAAAAUAUAUUCAAUAAUCGAACGAAAGAAAGGAAACGGAAUAAAAA